AUGAAGUGGCAAAUCCCCUUCUUGUCCCUAGCUUCGCUGCCGGCUAUCCUCGCGGCCCCAGUUGGGAAUCCUGCUCGCGGCGUCGUCGAAGUCGUGGCUCGAGAGCCUGUUCUUGCCGUCGCGCGGGUGGGAUUGCCGGAGAAGAGAAGCAUGGAUGAUAAGGUGCGGGCGCAACGUAUGGCGAAGCCUCCGAUUAAACUUGAGGGCGAUGACGUUGAGCUUCCUUGA